UAUUUAAUAUUUUCAUUGCCUCAUUAAUUUUCGUAUUAAUAUUUGAGUAUACGUAGUUCUGUUGACUUUUCACGAAAAAAAAUAAAAAUAAAGCAUGUAAAACACAUGAAUUAUUCUUACACUAUUUUUUUUUUAAAUAUAUUUACAUUAUAUAAAUGUUUGAGGGUUGAUUUAUCUACUAAGUGUAUUGGAAUGUAUUGGAACCGUGCUAACGUUUAUUAUGCACAAUGUGUGCGCAGCCGUGGAAAAUACUGUACAGUAUCCAAAUUCCAACAACCAAGCAAAAUAACUGAACUGUUGGCUGAGAAAAAUGGUAAAGAAGAAGAAACCGUGGUGUCGGACUCAUUGACUAAAAUACCGCGUUUAAUACCAAAGGAGAAGACUGAAUUUCGUAAAAACCCAUUGAACAUUCAAAUGUUGUCAGCCAACUUGUAUGAUCAGCUUUUCAAGGAUUCUCAUACCACAGAUGAAAAUGUUUUGAAGAUGGCUUUAAAUGAGCUGUCCAAAUAUGAUUUACCGUCAAAAUUACACAAGGUGCCCGAUAUUGAACUCCAAUUACCUCCAUUGGAGGGAAACAUAGUUGAUCACUUUUAUAAAAUUGGUAAAAUGCAAAGUGAACCCUAUUCAAUAUUGAUGGAUGAAUUUUUAAAACAAGAAAUUCCAGAUAUGCCUAAAGAAUGGGUGUUCAGAGAAGGUUGGACUAGGUAUGGGAAGGAAAUCGAGCAAUGUGAUUAUCCUAAAGAAAAAGUAAUGAUUUUUGAUGUUGAAGUAUGUUGUAGAGAAGGUGAUUUACCUACCUUAGCAACUGCUGUUACAUCAGAAGCUUGGUACAGUUGGGUGAGUAAAGACUUAAUCAGCUGUAAUACCAGAUCAGGUAGAUAUCUUGGUUAUUCAUGUAACGAUCUUAUUCCAUUAGAGACACCAAUUAAAUCUAAAGAGAAAAUCACUGAAUGGUCAAACACUCCCAAGUUGUGUGUAGGCCAUCAUGUUGCUUUUGAUAGAGCUAGAAUUAUGGAGCAAUAUUGGUUAAAUCGUACAGCUCUUAGAUUUAUAGAUACUAUGUCUCUGCAUGUUGCUAUUAGUGGAAUCACUAGUUAUCAAAAAACAUUAUUAAAAUCUAAGGAUAUCAUCGAAGAUGAAUCCUGGCAACAACAUAGCUCAUUAAAUAGUUUAAAUGAAGUGUAUAAAUUAUAUUGUAAGGCUGAGUUGUCCAAGAGUGAUCGUGAUAUAUUUGUUAAAGGUUCACUACAAGAUAUUAAUAAUGAUUUUCAAAAUCUAAUGAGUUACUGCGCAAAUGAUGUUAUAGCCACUAAUAAAGUUUUAAGAAAACUGUGGCCUUUAUUUUUAGAACGUUUUCCUCAUCCUGUUACUCUAGCCGGUAUUUUAGAACUGGGUACAUCAUAUUUGCCAGUAAAUUCAAAUUGGAAAAGGUAUCUGGAAACUUCAAAUGAAAUAUAUGAAGACUUGGACAUUGAAUCUAAAUUUUUACUUUCACAGCAAGCAAAUCAAGCUUGUCAAUUAAUGUAUAAUGACAAUUAUAAAAAAGAUUUGUGGCUCUGGGACCAAAAUUGGAUACCUAAGCAAAUAAAACUGAAAAAAGAAAAAAAGAAAAAACCAGAGAUUACGGUAGAAAAUAAACCUAUAGAAACAGAAGACAUUUAUGAAAAGAAAUUCCUAGAAUUGCAAGAAAUGUUUAAGCCAUUAAUGGCAACAUGUGAACGAAUGCCCCUUAAAACACCUCAUCUAGCUGGUUAUCCAGAAUGGUAUAGAAAAUUGUGUGCGCCUCCCAAAGACCCCCAUUGGGUUCCCGGUCCAUUACUCAUAAGCUCUGGUAUGCAUCUUGUUCCAAAAUUACUUUCUCUUAUGUGGAAAUCCCUCCCCCUACAUUAUGUGAGGGGAAAUGGUUGGGGCCAACUUGUACCAUAUGACACUGAUAUAAAACUUCCAGAUGCUGAAUUGGUACCACUUAAAGAAUUACAAGACCACUAUAUUAAAAAUAAUAAAUCUUGUGACUGUAAAAUAAAAAUCAAUAAUACAGAACUCCAUGAAAAUGUCCAAACAAAUCUAGUCAAGUAUGAAUGUAUUUUCAAAAAAAAAAAUAACAAAAUUAUACGGAAUAAACCUUGCAAAGAAAAUUUAUCUACAGGUUGUGGUUUAUUGAAACUUCCACAUAAAGAUGGGAAUCAUUUAAAUGUUGGAAACCCACUUGCACGAGAUUUCUUAAAUAAAUUUUCUCAAAAUGGACUGUCUGGUAAAGAUAGUAAUGCUGAGCAUAUUAUUGAAAUAUCACGCAUGUUAUCUUAUUGGAGGAACAACAGAGAACGAGUUGAAGGACAAAUCGUGGUUUGGAAUGAUAAAUCUAAAGGAUAUGGUGCCAUCAUACCACAGGUUGUAGUUUGUGGAACAUUAACUCGUAGAGCAGUUGAAAGGACAUGGAUGACAGCUGCUAAUGCUAUUGAUGAACGCGUUGGAUCUGAAUUACGUAGUAUGAUCCAAUCACCCCCUGGUUAUUCUUUAGUUGGAGCAGAUGUCGAUUCUCAAGAAUUGUGGAUAGCAUCUGUUAUUGGAGAUUCUUAUUAUGGCAAAGAACAUGGGGCUACAGCUUUUGGGUGGAUGACGCUUAGUGGUAGAAAAAAUGAUGGUACAGACAUGCACAGUACAACGGCUAAAGCAAUUGGAAUUACAAGAGAUAAUGCAAAAGUAUUAAAUUAUGCUAGGAUUUAUGGUGCAGGAAAACCAUUUUCCGAACGAUUAUUGAAGCAAUUCAAUCCAGACUUGAGUCCUGCACAAGCAAAACAAAAAGCAAUAGCCAUGUUUAACAUGACAAAAGGAAACAGAAUCUACAAACUUCAUGACAAUGUUUUACCAGAAGUUAAAAAAAGAGAACAUUCCCGACUCGGUGCACAAGAGUUAUGCACUAUUUACAAUAAGAGUGUUGAUGAAUUGUUUGAUAAACCUAUUUGGAGCGGAGGUUCAGAAUCUGCAAUGUUCAACAGCCUUGAACAAAUUGCAUGUUCAAAAGAACCAAAAACUCCAUUUUUAGAAUCAAGACUAAGUCGAGCUUUAGAAAUGAAUGGAGUGGACAUAGAUAAAUUUAUACCUACCAGAAUUAAUUGGGUUGUGCAAAGUGGUGCUGUUGAUUUCCUUCAUUUAAUGUUGGUAUGCAUGCGGUGGUUAAUCCAUCCUAAUGUACGGUUUUGUCUUAGUUUUCAUGAUGAGAUACGUUAUUUAGUACCAGAUGAACAUCGUUAUCAGACUGCAUUAGCUUUGCACAUAACAAACUUACUAGUUAGAGCAUUUUGUGUCAAAAAAUUGGGCAUGACUGAUUUGCCUCAAUCAGUAGCAUUUUUCAGUUCAGUUGAAGUUGAUACUGCUCUUAGAAAAGAUGCUCUUAACGAUUGUGUUACACCAUCCAAUCCACAUGGAUUAUUAAAAGGCUAUGGGGUACCACUUGGAGAGUCUUUGGACAUUAUAAAAGCUAUUGAGCUGUCUGGUGGAAACAUUGGCGUGUUCAAAAAGAAAAAGAGGAAAGCCGAUAAAACAAAAGACUGAACCAAACAAUUACAUCUAUCAU